AUGCCUGCUGCUGUCGAGUGGGACAAUGUGAAGAAGCUUGACCCUCUGACCCUCCACGAAAGUUAUAAAGAUGAACUGGACAGUGUCAUCAAUCUACUCACAUCGACAGAAGAGUGGGAGGUGGAGCGGCGAACUCAAGAGGAUGUUAUACACAUCUUGCGAGUGUUUCAGGCCUUGCUCAAGAUGAAGCAUCAGGAAGCAGCUUUGGCUGAAGAGUUAGUGGAGGCACAAGAGAAAAAUGAAAAUGCGAUUCUCGCCAAGGUGUCCAGACUUGAGGAAGAGCUUACGUAUGCCGGUACAGGACCGGACAACAGUUUUCUAAGGAAUGAGAUUCGACAGCUGAAGGGCCAGCUGGUGCGCAAGGAGGAGAUGAUCAAUCAACUGAAGAAGGAAAUAAAUAGGGAGAAGAAGACCACAGAGAAGCUGUUUUCACGAGCAGAGGCUGCUGAGGAAGACCUGAAGACAUUGAAAAAAGAGAAUACACAGCUCCAGCAGGACAUAGACUUCUAUCAGGAAGAAUUGGCACUUAAGGAGUCAGAUGCGUCCAAAAAUGAGAAUGCAGAGACUCAGAGAAAGCUUAUUUCGACAACCCGUCAGCUCACCCAGUACAUGGACAACCUUCUGCAAGCAGAGGACGAGAUCGCGCGGCUGAAGGAGGACACACUCCGCAUGGAGAAAUGCAUGAUGGAUUCAACCAAGGAGAUGGAGAAGAUGACUAACGAGUAUAAUCAGAUCAAGAUGGCUGUCCAUCAGUGUGACACCGAAACAGACAAGCUGAGGAAAGAGAGGGAUCGUGCCCAGCUUCAGAUAAAAGAGCUGACGCAGAAGAUAAAUGACAUGAUGGAAGAGGACGGGCCCAUAAUGGCAGCAGUGGAUGCACAAGUGGACCAAUGGAAGGUUGUGCUCUCUGAAAAGAACGAGGAGAUUUUGGUCUAUCAGCAUAUGAUCUGUGACGUUCAGCAGAAGUUGCGUAUGGCGCGGUUGGACACUGAGAGAAACAACAUUCUUUCCUUGCAACAGGCUGUGGAAGAGCGAGAUGGUCGCAUCGAGAUCUUGAGAGAGCAAGUGGAGCAAUACACUAUUGAAAUGAAGAAGCAGACGCUCUUUAUGGAAGCUCUGAAGGUUCCCAAAAUGGAAAGUGCAACGCUCGUCCAUCAGAGAAAAAUGAAGGAGCUCCAGUACAAGUGGAACGCUGCCGAGGUAAGGGCUGCAGAAGCGGAGGAAGCUUCCAAACUCGCCCAAGCCCACGCAGAGGAAAAAGACCGGGAGAUUAUUGAGGUCUCCAAGCGCCUGACAGAGUAUGAGCGUGGCAUUCAUGGCUUGGAAGAAGCAGUUAGUGAGAUCAGGGAGUGUAAAAUUCAAAUCCGAAGGAGAGAUUUGAAUUUGGAGGCAGUGACCAAAGAGAUCAAUCAAGCAUACAUAACGAUGGAACAGCUCGCAGAGGAAAACGAGGACUUCCGCGAAAGACUUGGGUAUGAACCCAGUCAGGUUGUGGACCUGAGCAGGUUCAGGCGAGCCAGAGGCCUCAAACAACGACAGUACAAAGCCGAAAAUCAAAUCCUUACUAAAGAAAUUGAACGUCUUGAAGAGGAGCGACUGGAAAUGAAGAAACAAGUCCGACAAUUGGCCAAGCAGACUGUACUUCCACCGUCCAUCUUGGAGGAGGACAACAUCGCAAAUGCUAAAAAACUGCAGCCUACUCUUACACAAAACAACAACGUUCCUGAAAACGAAGAGCCACAGCUUUUAAAGCCAUGCAUGCCAACUAGUGACCCCUCUGAUGGAGACAAGAGAAUCCCUGUUGAUAUAUCUCAGGGUGAACUUGGGGAAGAUGUAAUGAUACAAAAGAGGGAGGCGGAACUCCACAACUACCAACUCCGGUCCAAGAGGCUGUCACCAACCGUCUUGGUGGAGGACAAUGUCACACACGUUGUAAAAAAGCCACCAAAUUUUACUCGAAGCAGCAACGCUCACGAAAACAAAGCAGCACAACUGCUAAAGACACAUCGGAUGCCAACUGGUGACACUGCUGAGGGAGACAAGAGAAUCUCCGUUGAAACAUCUCAGGGUGAAUUUGUGGAAGAUGCGGUGAUGAUGCCAAAAAGGGAGGCGGAGCUCCAGCCUAAGCUGGAGCUACUCUCAAAAGAGAAAGAAGCUUUAGAGGCUGCAGUCAAAGAUGUUCUUGAGGCCCUGAAGGCUAAGGACACCACAAAUAUCCCUAGUCUGCAAAAGCUGGCCAAUCAAGAUCUAAAGGUCUUCGUCACUGAUACGUUGGCGAGCCUCCAAGCGGACUACACGAAGGCCAUCCAGGAGAAGAUGAACAUUGAGAAGGAGAGCAAGAGAACGAUUCACACUCAUGACCAGAGGUUUCAGGAGAUGAAGCAGACCUGCAAUUAUUUGGAGGAGAAACUAAAGGAAAAGUCCAGUUUUGAGGCAGACAGCCAGGCUGCCCUGAUGCUGGCUUACAAGAGCAUAAAAGAUCUACAAUGUCGACUCAACAACAAAGAAGAAGUGAUCAAAAAGUACCAGAACCAGCUAAUUAAAGCGGGAAAGAAUCAAGAAGAUUUGAUAAAGUCACAUGCCGAGGAGAUGAAAAUGUUGUAUGAGAAGUUGGACUCCAACAACAACCUGGCCCUGGAACGCCUCAGACGCAAGGAAGCCAUUAAGAACCCUAGCAUCACCACGCCGCUGUCCAAACAUCUGGACCAUGUGGCUGAGUUGGAGCAGAUGGUGGCUGAGCAGGACGUGUCUCUCGCGUCUGCUAAUAGGAAGCUAAAGAUGGCCACCACUGAAUUGGAGCGACAAAAGGCUGCCAUGGAAAUACAGAUCAAGAAGCAUGCUGAUGAGAUCUCGAAGCUCAGGAGGGCUCAUACAGUGGAGAUGGAAGAUGCAAACUUUGAGUCCAACGACCAGAGGAGCCAAAUAGUGAAGCUUAAGAAAGAGAUUGACUCUCUCCAGAAUGAGCUGGAGAGCCAAAAGGAGGCCAAUGUUGUGUCGGCGAGUAACACCUUGAAGAACGUGGUGGAACGCCAGAAGGAUAAGCUCCUUUACAAAGAGAAACAGAUCAAGGCUCUGAGCAAAGUACUCCUUGGAAUGCGGGCCCAGGUGACUUCGGCUGCAGAACAGGUCUUGACUUCACAGACUGAGGAAAAACUCAGCAUUCAGAAGUUGGUCGACAAGCAGACUAAAGACCUCAAGGAUCAGGUGCAAGAUCUUAAUGACCAACUAGAGACAGUAAACGUCGCGUCCAGAAAGAACGAAACUAGACUGAAGGUUCAAUUCGACAACCUCAACAAGAAGCUGCAGAGGAGUCUCAACAUUCAGAAGGCGCUUCGUGUUCAGUUGGAGGAGAAAGAACAGGCGUUCCAAGAGUUGGACAAGCAAAUCAAGAGCCGCAGUGACACCGCUCAGAGUAAAGAGAAAGUAGAACAGUGGGAGGAGGCUAAGAAGUGGCAGUCCAGGUUGGAAAAGGUGAAGAGUGUUCUGAAAGACAAGGAACAACAAAACUACUUCCUGUCAUUGCAACUCAAAACUAUAAAAGACCUUUAUGCAAAGCUUGAGCGAGAGAGGAACACAGUACAGAAGAAGACCAAGGCCAAAGGAUUUACAGCUGAUCCGGUAGUAGAGGCAGCUCAGUUGAUGAGCACCAAACAAGAGCAAUCUAUGAAUGUUAAGGUCUGUGAGGAUAAGAACCAAUCACAGGAGGAAACACCGCAAACCUUACAAACACAAAUUUCCACCAAGGCUCUUGAAGCAUCACUUCGUUUGCUUCAGGUGCCAAAGAAAGAGGCCGAGAUGCCGUUGCAAAGUGACAUUGAGAAGGAAAAUCUAAAAUUGGGCCCGGAGAAUGUUCACCUGCACCUCCAGCUCACGCCGGCUAACUUAGACUUGCCGAGAUUCAAGAUGGACACAUUAAACAUUCCUGAAAGUUUGGGAGCAGAAACAUCUCUCAACAAUGUCAGUACAAUAAACAAAGACAACGUGGAGUGUGAAGGAAAGCCAGAGGAGAUAGGCGAGCUACACGAGAAGAUGCCUCAAAGUGACAAAGAUGACAAGGUGCCAAAAAAUCCUGUUCAAGCAACUGAAGCUGAGAAAGGCCACGGUGAAUGUGACACAGAGAAUGUCACUCUUCAAUAG